AUGUGGCCCGUCUCCGUCUGCCUUCGAGCUCUUCCUCCGCCGCCAGAUACAGCCAAGGAUUUGCUCAACGAGCCGAACAAGAUUGGGUUCUUUCAGUUGACUCUCCCAAUUCCCUUUCACGGGAUCAGCGCGCAUCACUCCUUCCGCGUUCCUGCAGAAUCCAAGAACCGCCGCAUCGAUGUUUGUUGGAUCCCUAUCCUCACCACUCUCUGCAUCCAGGGUAUCAAAUCUCCUCGUGUUAUUGAUGCCAUGCUCGACGUCCUUCUCCUUGGACUAAAGCACACCACACCACCAAUUGGUCUUGGAAACCCCCUUCAUAUCCCUGGACUGACCAUCAAUAUGAUCGUCCCUCCCGGAUGGACACUCCAGGCUGGAAGAGGUCGUCCAAAGGAUGUGGAGAAGUCCAAGGCCGUCACGACGUCCAAAGCUUAG